UCUAUUAGAUUAAUACUAAACAAACUGCACUUAAAUGGUAGUUAUAGAUGUCUUAUAUUAACUGAAGAAGUGUUUAAAAAUAAUAAAACAAGUCAAGCGUAUUAAUCUUCUCAGUGAAGAGGCCUAUAACCUCCUCGAGGCAGACCGCGCGUGUCUUUUCCGUUGAAUCGCAAUUUACGACGAAACUUUAUCCAAAAGUUUAUCUGCUAAAAAGAAAAAAAAAUGACUGGUCGGGCACGAGCAAGAGCACGAGGCAGAGCGCGAGGUCAAGAGACCAAGGCACCUGGAGCGAGCCAGGCUCAAGAGGCUGCACCAGCCGCCGCCGCCGCCGCUGCCCCGCCCACAGAGAGAGAGCUGGUCGGUAGAGGGAGGCAGAGAGGUGCUCCGGGACCCUUUUCUGGAGAUGCUCUUCAACAGAUUUCAGUCGGCUUUCAGCAGGUGAAGCUCGGGGAGAGAGGAGGACGCCGCCGCGAUUUUAACGAUGCGGGGAUCAACACCAGGCAGGCGAUGGCGCACGUUAAGGACUCGAAGACUGGAACGAGCGGUUCCCCCAUUCGCUUGACAGCAAACUUCUUCCGCAUAGUGUCCCGCCCUCAGUGGGUUCUCUAUCAGUACCACGUGGACUACAACCCGCCAAUGGAGUCUCGACGCCUGAGAUCUGCGCUGCUCUUCCAGCACGAAGAAGUGCUAGGCUCAGCGCGGAGCUUUGACGGAGCCCUGCUUUUUCUGCCUAACAGACUGCACAGCAAGGAGACUGUGCUGCACAGCGAGACGAGGAAUGGAGAGAAGGUUCAGAUAACAGUCACCCUGACAAACGAACUGCCACCCACAUCUCCGAUGUGCAUUCAGUUUUACAACAUCAUAUUCAGAAGGGUCUUGAGAAUUCUCAACAUGCAGCAGAUUGGACGCAACUACUACAACCCCCAGGAUCCACUCGACAUCCCAGUGCACAAGCUGACCAUCUGGCCAGGCUACAGCACCACCAUCCUGCGGUACGAGUCGUCCAUCAUGCUGUGUAUCGACCAGAGCCACAAGGUGCUGCGCAGUGAGACGGUCCUUGACUUUAUGGUCAACUUGAGGCACCAGUUUGGAAAUCAGCGCUUCCCUGACAUCUGCGCGAAGGAGCUCAUCGGACUCAUAGUCCUCACAAAAUACAACAACAGAACCUACAGGAUUGAUGAUAUCGCCUGGGAUCACACUCCCACCAACACCUUCUCGAGGAGAGACACAGAGAUCUCCUUCAAGAACUACUACAAGAAUCAAUAUGGCCUGGACAUCACCGAUGACAACCAGGCCCUGCUCGUCAGCCAUGUGAAGAGGCUGGGUCCUGCUGGAGCUCCCCCUCCUGGCCCGGCCAUGCUCAUCCCAGAGCUGUGCUACCUCACAGGUUUGACCCAGAAGAUCCGAGCUGACUUCACCAUCAUGAAGGCCUUGGACAGCCACACCAAACUGUCACCAGAGGCCAGAGAGGGAGGCGUCAACAGAUUCAUCAAUAACAUACAGAGGAACGCUGAUGCACAGGCGGAGCUGGAUAAGUGGGGCCUCAACUUUGAUUCCAAAGUCCUAAAUCUGACUGGCAGAGUCCUCCCGAGGGAGACGCUUUUCCAGGGAUCAAGAUCGUACGAUUACGGCCCCGCGGAUGCGAGCUGGAGCAGACAGAUGCGUGGCAUACCUCUGAUGAACAGUCCUCCGCUGGAUAACUGGAUCAUGUUUUGCACCCGUCGCUGCAGCAAUGAAGCCCAGUCCCUCCUGCAGACCCUCAAAACAGUCUCGGCUCCUCUCGGUAUCCGCAUCAGGAGCCCUCUCAUGAUCGAGUACGAGGAUCACCAGGAGUCUCUGCUCAGAGCCCUGAAGCAGAAUGUUGGACCCCAUACACAGAUGGUAGUGGUGAUCCUCCCCACUGACAGGAAGGACAAGUACGACACCGUCAAGAGGUUCCUCUGUGUGGAGUGUCCCACUCCCAGCCAGUGUGUGGUUGCCCGUACUCUGAGAAAGGCGCUCAUGUCUGUGGGCACCAAGAUUGCACUGCAGGUGGCGUGCAAAAUGGGAGGAGAGCUCUGGAGUGUGGAAAUCCCUCUCAAACAUGUGAUGAUUGUGGGCAUCGACUGCUACCAUGACACUACUGCUGGGAAAAGGUCCAUCGGCGCUCUCGUGGCCAGCCUCAACCAGAACAUGAGCAGGUGGUACUCAAAGUGUGUGCUGCAGGACAGAGGCCAGGAAAUCAUGGAUGGACUGAAGAUGGCCUUAAAUGGUGCCCUGAAGGAAUACCUGAAGUUCAACAACUGCCUGCCUUCACGCAUCAUCGUGUACCGAGACGGGGUGGGAGACGGCCAGCUGCACAGCGUGGUCAACUAUGAGGUCUCCCAGAUCAUGGACUGCAUCAAGUCCAUGGGGCACGACUACAUGCCCAAGCUGAGUGUGGUGGUGGUGAAGAAGCGCAUCAGCAGCAGGUUCUUCGCUCGGGCCAAUGGCAAAGUGUCCAACCCUCCCCCCGGGACCGUCAUUGACUCAGAGGUCACCCGUCCAGAGUGGUACGACUUCUACAUCGUGAGCCAGGCUGUCCCGUUUGGAUGCGUCUCCCCAUCCCACUACAACGUCGUGUACGACACAAGUGGACUGAAGCCUGAUCACAUGCAGCGGCUUACCUACAAGCUGUGCCACAUGUACUACAACUGGCAGGGGGUGAUCAGAGUGCCCGCUCCCUGCCAGUACGCCCACAAGUUGGCUUUCCUUGUGGGUCAGAGCAUCCACAGGCAGCCCCAUGUGCAACUGGAUAACCUCCUCUUCUACCUGUGAGGUCAAAGACACGAGGACUCUGCUCAGCUUCCUUCUUAAGAUCUUUAUGUGUGUCAGCCUUUUUGUUAGAUUCAUUUAAACUGAACAGUUUGAGGUUUGCGUUACACAUUGAAGUGCAAAGACGAGAGUUCAGUUCAAAGCAUUUGUGAAUAUGUUUGAAACACACUUGAGGUUCAGGUUAAUCCAAACGGUUUCAGAACUACAUGUCAGCAUUGUAUUCACUUAAAACUUCAUUUAGGUUCAUGUUUGGACUUUUGAGUAAGGACAAAUAUCUAAGUUAAGCACCUGAAGUCUUUAUUUAUUUUAUUUCUUACACCAGUGAGCCUCCUGGUGAUUUGUAGAUAGAAAAAAAUCUGCUGAAAUGUCUUAUUUUUGUUCGUAAUGAGGCUGAUGCUGCUGCGACGCAUUU